UCCUUUCUGCUGCUCCAUGUCUUUGUACCACUUCGGCGUACGUUGGCCUUCUAGCUUUACCGUUGAUGCCUGAUUGCCUCCAGCUUCGAAUCUUGGAAAUAUUGCAAGGAUCCAUUUUUUCUUGGUGAUCCCACUUCGAGAACCUCGGUUUGUUUGCUUGUAAUAAGUAAUUCCCAACCCGCACUUGAUUUAAACUUCUUUCUAGUUCACCUUCAUUCUUCACGUCCAGAAAUCGGACGAACCCAAAUCUUCUGCCCAGUCUGUCCUUCUUCUUCGGGCAAUCAAUCUCCAGUGCCCUUCCGAGACCUAGCCUAUUAAAAGCUUGCCACAUCUGCUCGAACGACCAAUCCUCUGGGAAGUUAGUGAUGAAGAAAGGAAUCACUUGGUUGUAGAUUCUCUUGUCAUAACCUCCCGCAUCCCGUCGGAACCGUUCCCUAUCCCAGAAUCUGCGUCUCUCAUACUCUUGUGCUGUCCGUUUACUCUGUAUUCUCCGUCCUGGUGCUCUCUCUCUACUUCUCAUUCAAAUUGUGCCAAUGGACGAGAAUGCAGCUGAUGAAAUCAUGAGGGAGGUUGAUGUAGAUGCAGCCAAUGGAAAGGAAAUACUUGGUCUAUUUCGAGCUUCUUUCAAAUAGAAUAAAGUUGAUAUCCAUACAAAGUUGAUGAGAAAGUACAAGGACAUACCCAAUUGGUGGUUUUAUCUGAUACUUGGGGUGUCUUUGCUACUAACGCUGCACCUGUGCAUCUUUCAGAAAGACCAAAUUCAACUGCCUUGGUGGAGUGCGGUUUUUGCAAUUGGUCUAGCAUUUGCUUUUACUCUUCCUAUGAGCAUUAUAACUGCCACUACAAAUCAGACACCCACACUUGAUGUCAUCACACAGUAUAUCAUGGGUAUGAUGCUUCCAGGAAGACCAAUAGCUAAUCUCUGCUUCAAGACUUAUGGCGCUAUAAGCACAACAAACGCAAUUCAUUUCCUAAAUAAUUUCAAGAUGUGCCACUACAUGAAAAUUCCACCAAGAUCAAGGUUUUUAGUAGAGGUAGGUACAUCUUAAAUUCUUGCAAUUCCUUCACUUUAAUAUCGAAGCAUAAGAACAUCAGAAUUCUAGGCUCUGGAAACUCUGUCCUUGAUGUUGACACAAAUGCAUGUAAGAAUAUAUAGCUAGAUUUUGUCCUCCCUCAUCCCUUCUCGGGCAAUCACUUCAUUUAAAUAUCUAAUUCCUUCUCUUAUUGUUGUAUAAAAAAGUUUACAGGAACCAUAAUGGCUGGAACAAUUAAUCUUGUAAUGGGAUGGUGGUUGAUGCAUGAUGUCAAGAAUAUAUGCCAACGCGAUCUGCUCCAUCCUCACAGUCCCUGGGAAUGCUCUACUGACCGAAGCAUCUUUCAAGAAUCUGUUUUCUGGGGCUUGAUUGGACCCAGAAGAACAUCGGGCAGCCUUGAAAAUUACUUUGCCCUUGAAUGGUUCUUCCUUGGAGGUGCUUUGGGGCCUAUCAUAGUAUGGCUAUUGCAUAAAGUUUUUCCCAACCAGAAAUGGAUUCCACUUAUCAACCUUCCUGUAACGUUGGGAGCAAUAGCAAUGUUGACUCAAACAACAUCUGCGACUGUCAGUAGCUGGAUUGCUAUUGG